UGCCUGCUGGAAUAUUUAAUCAGACACCUUGCUCGCGGCUUUGAUUGGACACAGCCGGUGCAGUUAUGUAAAUGAGCACCUGGUGGCGCCUGCUGGCCCGGCUGCUGAGCCCGGACUGUGGAGGAGCGGCUGAGAGAGGACGCAGAAUCAGAGAAGGUCCUAGAAGCAGAGAUACUUUGCGUGUUUUCCCUCCUUUAUCUUAUUAUCCCCCCUCCAUUAACCACAGGCUGAAAAAUAUUCCUCUCAAGUGAAAGUCAGCCUGGGGGUGUGAAAUCAGCCGGUGCGCGCAGCCCGUACGGAGUAUUGCGCUGUUUUCUGAGUUUUGGUGGAGGUCGUUCACUAAACUCAGCUGCUGCUCUCGGAGGUCAGUUUGGAUUAUUCGGUGGACGCGUGUUGUAUUGAGCACAAUUCUCCACAGAGUUCAUCCCAAAGUUUGGACCGCUGUCACAGCACACUUCUGCCUGUCUUUUAGGUAUGCCUUUGGUCGUCAGUCUGACUCCCGACAGGUAACCAGGUGUGUUGCUGCUCUCAUGGCUUUGACAACCCUGCGAGUGUUCCCUGUCGCUGUGGUCACCAUCCUGGCAGUGCUGGCGUCGUCUGCAGAGGAGCAUGAGUGGCACUUUGAUCCAGCUCAGUGUCGUUACGCCCUGGGGAUGGAGGAUGGCACCAUCCCAGAUUCUGACAUCACUGCCUCCAGCGCCUGGUCAGACUCCACAGAGGCCAAACAUGGAAGGUUGAGUACUGGAGAGGGGGACGGAGCGUGGUGUCCAUUAGGAUCCGUGUUCCCCAGCGGAUCAGAGUACCUUCAGAUUGACCUGCGCAGACUCCACUUCCUGGCUCUGGUCGGCACUCAAGGUCGCCACGCUGAUGGGCACGGUCAGGAAUUUGCACGCAGUUACCGGCUCCGCUAUUCCCGAGAUGGAGAGAAAUGGAUCACCUGGAAGGACCGCUGGGGCCAAGAUGUGGUGUCUGGUAAUGAGAACACCUAUGAUGUUGUGCUGAAAGACCUCGGACCUCCCAUUGUGGCUCGCAUGGUGCGAUUCUACCCCCUCGCCGACCGGGUUAUGAGCGUUUGUCUUCGGGUGGAGCUCUAUGGCUGCCUUUGGAACGAUGGGUUGAAGGCUUACACAGCUCCAGUGGGUCAUGUCAUGCAGCUGCCCGGCAUGUCUGUGUAUCUCAACGACUCCACCUAUGAUGGGAGCACGGAACAAGGGAUACAGUUUGGAGGGCUUGGUCAGCUGUGUGACGGUGUCCUGGGAGGAGACGACUUUACAAAGACUAAGGAGUUGAGGGUGUGGCCUGGGUAUGACUACCUGGGCUGGAGCCGGGAAUCCCUCGGGCAAGGCAGCGUGGAUAUUGAGUUCCACUUUGAGAAACCACGAGUCUUCCACCACAUGCAGGUGCACAGUAAUAACCGUCACACACAGGGUGUCAGAGUUUUCAGCAAAGUGGAGUGCCUUUUUAAGCCUGGCAUCCUCCAGCCAUGGUCCUCUCCUGCCCUCACCUUGCCUGUGCCCCUCGAGGAUCUAAAAGACCCCUCGUCACGACCCAUCUCUCUCCCACUGGGCGGCCGGCCGGCUCAGAUCCUCCGCUGCAAAUUCUACUUUGCCGACCGUUGGCUGCUCAUCAGCGAGAUAUCUUUCCUCUCUGAGCCGUUUGAGGAGGAUGUCACAGACACUGAUUUAUUUCCUCCAAAUAUUCCCAAGAUUCCUGGCACCAAAUCAUCUCCUCCUCCUGUUAAUGUCACCUCCUCUGCUCCCACAUCGAGCCGCGGUGCCUUCAAUUCCACUACCGGGCCUACUGAACCCCCCACCACCACCACCACCGCUGUCAUGAUGGACACCACUGGUAACUGGACGCUUUCAGGGCCGGCGUUUGCUGCUGUUACUCCAAGGGCGGGGCUUCCCGUGGCUAAAGACGACAGCAGCAAUACAGCCAUUCUGAUUGGCUGCCUGGUGGGCAUCAUCCUUCUGCUCCUGGCUGUGAUAGUUGUCAUUCUUUGGAGGCAGUACUGGAAAAAGUUACUGGGAAAGGCCCAAGGCAGUCUGUCCAGCGAUGAGCUGCGGGUUCACCUUUCGGUCCCCUCAGACAACGUGGUCAUCAACAACACCCACAGCUACUCGAGUCGCUACCAGCGCAUCCACACUUUUCCAGAUGACCGAGACCACGACAGAGAGGCAGAAGGGGAGUAUCAGGAGCCCAGCGCCCUGCUCCGGCCCCGAGAUCACAGAGACAGCACAGCCUUGCUGUUAAACAACCCAGCCCAUUACCUGCUCCUACCAGAUCACAGAAAAGGCUCGAGAGCAUUAGUCGUCCCCAGCUCCACACAGGUUCGGGAAAAGAGCCUCAAUGUGCCCCAGGCUUGUGGUCUGGACUUUGACAUGGAGAAAGGUUUCCCCCCAGCACAGGAUGAGCCUCCUCCCUACCCCGGGUCCCCUCCUUACCCUUCUCUCUCUCCGCCCGUGUCUCCCCCGAUGCCCCCCAGCGUCCCCCACUAUGCCGAGGCAGACAUCGUGAGCUUGCAAGGUGUCAGUGGCAACAACACCUACGCUGUUCCGGCCUUGGCCUCUUCAAGCCCCGGGGCUGAUGCUGCCCCGCUUCCAGAGCUGCCGCGCCAGUGUCUCAUCUUCAAGGAGAAGCUCGGGGAGGGGCAGUUUGGAGAGGUACACCUGUGUGAAAUCGAGAGCCCUCAGGACCUUCCUACACUGGAGUUCCCCUUCAAUGUGAGAAAAGGUCGCCCCCUUCUGGUAGCUGUGAAGAUACUGCGCCCAGACGCCUCCAAGAACGCCAGGAACGACUUCCUGAAAGAGGUGAAGAUCCUGUCUCGCUUGAAGGACCCGAACAUAAUCAGGCUGCUGGGAGUGUGUGUGAGCAGUGAUCCGCUCUGCAUGGUCACCGAAUACAUGGAGUGUGGAGACUUGAACCAGUAUUUGUCCCAACGAGUGCUUCUGGACAAAACUGGACCUUCACACAAUACGCCAACCAUCAGUUACCCAGCGCUCAUUUCCAUGGCCAGCCAGAUUGCAUCAGGAAUGAAGUUCCUCUCCUCGCUUAACUUCGUGCACCGAGAUCUGGCCACACGUAACUGUCUGGUUGGGGGUGAGAGGGGCGAGAGCGGAGAGGACCAAGGCGGAGAGCGUCACAUCAAGAUCGCAGACUUCGGCAUGAGCAGGAACUUGUACGCUGGAGACUACUACAGGAUCCAGGGCAGGGCCGUGCUGCCAAUACGCUGGAUGGCCUGGGAGUGCAUACUCAUGGGUAAGUUCACCACGGCGAGCGACGUGUGGGCGUUCGGAGUCACUCUGUGGGAGAUGCUGAGCGUUUGUCAGGAGCAGCCGUAUUCCACCCUCACGGAUGAACAAGUCAUCGACAAUGCUGGCGAGUUCUUCAGAGACCAGGGCAGACAGGUGUAUCUGAGCAGGCCGGCCGUGUGUCCUCAGGGUCUCUACGAGCUCAUGUUGAGCUGCUGGAACAGAGACUGCAAGGUCCGCCCAUCUUUCGCUUACAUCCACUCCUUUCUUACGGAGGACGCCAUGAACAUGGUGUAAAGUAAAGCAGAGGAGCAGAAUAAGAAGAAAAGGCUUGUGCGUUCAUGCAUACUUCCCACAGUGGGAAGACGUGGUGGUGGCUACACAUAUGGGGCAGACGAAAAGGGAGACCGGGUUGCUCGCUUUUAUAUUUUGUACUUUUUGGGUGGAUGGGGCUGAGAGACCGCUGGUUCGGUUUUAAUUCCACAUCAGAUCCCAAAGACAAAGCUAACUUCCUCUUAACAUAGUUUAAGCUACAUUUCUCGCGGGUGGUGGUGCUGGUACUGGUGGUGGGUGCGGUCUGCAUAGGAUCUAAUUUCUUCAUGGAGGGUUUCUGUGACUGGUGAUUAUGUGCUGUAGAGUUAAGGAGCUCAGUUACAGGAAACACUCUGUAAACGUAGGAAAUCAGGAGCAGUUAUGAAGUUUAAUGAUUGUGUUUUUUUCAGCAUCUCCACACAGGAUGACAGGUGUGGGUCACAUGACCCGCAAAGUUUUAAGAGAAUGCCUCAUGUCUAGAGAAGAAACACACACAAACACACACACACAGACAGGUAUUGUGUCAGUACUUAUAGUAUGUAUAAAUUACUGCACACAGACAUGGCUGAGCUAGAACCUCAGUGAUGGAUUUCAUUUUUAUCUCAGCUCCUUAUCCGUACGUAGCGACCCACAUCCAGAGUUGUCAGUUUUAGUGGACUAAUGUGAAAUGAUGUGGACCAGACAACAGCAGCCCUAUUUCUGCAAUGUGAUCAAGUCAACACCAACAACGUAGUCAAAAACCCCAAAAAUAAAUAUUUGAACUUCAUCUUUGAACCACAGUUUAAAUAGAAAAAACAAAACAGGUUGUAUGAACUUCUCAAACCUGAGAAAAAGGUGCAGAAGAGGAGACUCUGCUACACCUUUGCUGCUCCCACAAACUGGAACAGCUUUUCCAAGCAGAUGUAACACCAGCCAGGCGGUGGACGGGACUUCAGAUGCGCCUGCUCGGGUGUUUUGGCUGUGACUCAUCAAAAAGGAAAGACUUUUUUUUUUUUUUUAAAUUCCAAAAACCAGCUGCACUUUAAACCCUCACGAAUCCCCGGCUGUGAUGAAACUCAUCUCUGUGAUGAUUCCUUUUGAUGUGGAUUCUAAUGCUUUUUUUUUUUUUCCAAAGUGAGAUCGAAGCGAAUCACAGAAGCAGGUCAAACAUGCUUUUUUUAAAAUCCUCUCCAACAGAGCGUCGCCAAACCAUUAGAUGUAAAAUAUUUUAUUUUUUAAAUGGAAUGGCAUCCUCAGUUACUUCAAUU